AUGGAUCACGACGAGCGAAUACGCUGCCUGGAUCAUCUGAUGGUCUACCAUACGGGUGCAAAAGCUUUUGUCGAAUUACAUAUCGUGAUGGAUGAACGCUUACCUCUGAAAGAUUACACACGACCGUUAUCAUCCUGGAAAAAACUUCAACGACUGGAAUUUGUUGAGCGAGCGUUCGUGCAUUGUGACUACGCCUGUGACGGCGAUUGA